ACCUAACGAAACAGGAUGGAAAAUGACACGAAGCACCAGAGCCGUAAUGGCCCUCAGAAUGACUCGAUCAAUUCCCUCCCGUGUCAAAGCUUGGGGUUCUGUUGUGAUAUAUGGCAGCUCGUAGCAACACGUUUCACAUCCUUGUCUCGCUCCAGCAUCAUGAAAAUUGAUAUCCACAAUCACAUCUUGCCCGAAACUUGGCCAGACCUGAAAGAGAAAUAUGGAUAUGGCGAGUGGGUUCAAUUGGAUCACAAAGGAUGUGCCGAAGCUGGAAAGGCCAACAUGAUGCAAGGGGGCAAAUUCUUUCGAAAAACGGAUCAAAAUUGCUGGAGUCCAGAGGCCCGGAUUAAGGAUAUGGAUCGGGAUGGAGUACAAGUGCAAGCAUUGUCCACGGUUCCUGUCAUGUUUAGCUAUUGGGCCAAACCGGAAGACACCCUGGAUUUGUCACGGUUUCUCAACAAUAACCUGACCCAAACGUGCCAAAAGUAUCCAACGCGUUUCGUCGGCCUUGGAACCCUACCCAUGCAAGCUCCACUUUUGGCCGUCGAAGAGAUGAAAAGGGCCAAAUCGGAGCUAAACAUGCCAGGAUUUCAAAUCGGUUCCCACAUUGGCGAUUGGAACCUCGAUGCUAAAGAGCUUUAUCCAAUUUACAAGACCGCUGAGGACUUGGAUCUAGCUCUGUUUGUGCACCCUUGGGAUAUGACCAUGGGUGGUCGCCAUUCCAAGUAUUGGUUGCCUUGGUUGGUGGGGAUGCCUGCUGAGACUGCCACUGCCAUUUGUUCCGUCUUGAUGGGAGGCAUUUUGGAACAAUUUCCUCGAUUAAAGAUCUGCUUUGCCCAUGGAGGGGGAUCAUUCCCGUUUACUGUGGGACGAAUCCAGCAUGGAUAUAAUGUUCGACCAGACCUGUGUGCAACCGAUUGUUCCAAGCCACCGAGGGAGUACCUUGGAAAAUUUUGGACGGAUUCCUUGGUUCAUGAUGAAGAGGCAAUGCGACUUUUGGUUAAUAUUAUUGGAGAGGAUCGCGUAAUCUUAGGCACUGACUAUCCAUUUCCCUUGGGCGAAGUGCAUGGUUUUGCUGAUGCUUAUCCAGGGAAAACCAUUGAAGCCAUGGGAUAUGAUCAGCAACUGAAGGAUAAACUUCUGUUCCGAAACGCGUUGGACUUCUUGGGAUUGGAGGAGGUUCAAUUUGCUUCUUGAGCUGGUUCAGAUCAAGAAUACCUGUAGAGGAUUGAUUUACAAACUGUCAUUUUCUAAGGAUUUUUCAAAUAUCUGAAUGCAAAGAAAGCUUGAUUCGAUUUGAGAUGGUUUCACA